UCUCGUUGGUGGCGACGCCACCAAACCAAAUCGAGCGGAGAACGCAGGAGGCAGCGGCAGGGGAGAUCAUCAAUGCUGCCGGGAUCUCCUCUCCACCCAGCGCCUGCCAAUUGAAUCCGCCCGGCGCCACCUCCGCCCGGCUCGGUGGGGCCUCGAUCGACGUCUGCUCGAGGCCGCGGCGCUCCGGCACUGCCAUGAGAGGAUGACCCCCGCGCAGGAUCCGUUCUACAUCGUCAAGGACGAGAUCCAGGACUCGAUCGACAAAGUGCAAGAUACUUUCCACCAAUGGAAGCAGACGCCUCAAAAUACUGGAGAGUAUGUGCAUCUGACCAAAGAACUAUUAACCAGCUGUGAAAGUAUCCAAUGGCAGGUGGAUGAAUUGGAUAAGGCAAUUUCAGUUGCUGAGAGAGAUCCAGCAUUCUAUGGACUUAACGAGGUCGAAAUUGGGAGAAGAAGAAGCUGGACAAGCACUGCACGUAACCAGGUGCUCUCUUUAAGGCGGAAUGUUGAAGCUGGAAGGAAAAAUAUUUUGUUUGGACAUUCAACCAACACCCUUGAACCGAUCAAAUCCAAGAAGCACAUUUCACAAGACAAUGAUGAAUUUAUUGCUUCAGAAUCUGAUCAGCAGAUGCUCCUGAUAAAGCGACAAGAUGAGGAGUUGGAUGCGCUUAGUGCUAGUGUCCAGCGGAUUGGAGGCGUAGGUCUCACUAUACAUGAUGAGCUUGUCGGGCAGGAGAAGCUUUUGGUUGAGCUGAACCUCGAGAUGGAAACUACUUCAAAUCGGCUUGACUUUGUGCAGAAAAGAGUGGCUAUGGUCAUGAAAAAGGCCAGCCUGAAGGGGCAGAUCAUGAUGAUUGCAUUCCUCGUGAUUCUUUUCAUUAUUCUUUUCGUUUUGGUGUUUUUGACUUGAGAUAUGGGUGUGAGCUGGGUUUAUUUCUGUACCAUGUCGAGUUUAGAAUGGUGCUGGAUGAGCAGAAUUUGAGCCAUCCAUACAACUAUACAAGUGUAGAAAGUAGAUAAGCACAUGUUUGUAAGAUGAUUGAUAGUUUCGCCAUUGUAAAGACUUUUUUCCAUGCUCCAAUAUAUUUCAAUAUAUAUCAUCUACGUUAAUUUC